AUGACUGUUAUUCCUGAAUCGCCUGCUGGCGGAGUGGCCGUGAAGCAGCAGAAUAUCCCUGCCAAUGCGCAAAAGGCCACCUUUGCGGCCGGUUGUUUCUGGGGCGUUGAGCACAUAUAUCGUCGACGGUUUCGAAAUGGAAAGGGACUGUUAGAUGCCUCUGUUGGGUACUGUGGGGGAAUUUCAAAGUUGCCGACGUACCGUCAGGUUUGCACAGGACAGACAGGCCACGCUGAAGCGCUCGAAGUACUGUUUGACCCAUCACUUGUCUCCUACCAGCAGCUUGUCGAAUUCUUUUACUCCAUGCAUGACCCAACCACCAAGGAUAGACAAGGCAGCGACACAGGAACACAGUAUCGAAGUGCUGUAUUUGCGCAUAAUGAUGAACAGUUGAAGAUCGCCAAGAGCAUAACGGACCAGGUGGCUAGGAGGUGGUGGAAGGCUCCUAUUACUACCGAACUAAACCCUCCUGGCAAGUGGCAGUGGUGGACUGCGGAAAAAUACCAUCAGCUGUACCUUGAGAAGAACCCCGCGGGGUAUGUGUGUCCAGCACACUUUGUACGGGACUUCCCUCCUCUGGUGUCAGCGUGA